AUGAAUUUCUCCUCGGGGAACUCCUCCUCGUGGAAAACGGAGUCUGUGGUCAUUUCUUUGGCGUUUUCGGUCAUUUUCCUGGUCGGCACCGUGGGAAACUCUCUGGUCCUCGCGGUUCUGUUUCGCAACGGGCAGAUGAAUACCAAAACCACCAACAUGUUCAUCCUCAACCUCGGGAUAGCAGAUCUGUGUUUUAUUGUUUUCUGCGUGCCCUUUCAAGCCACCAUCUACACUCUGGAUGGAUGGGUGUUCGGCCCCGUGGUGUGCAAAGUCGUGCACUUCAUCAUUUUUCUCACCAUGUACGCGAGCAUCUUUACUCUGACAGCUGUUUCCCUGGACAGGUAUUUAGCCAUUUGCUACCCACUCCGGUCGAGGGAGAUGAGAACACCAAAGAAUGCCCUCACCUCGAUCUGCCUGGUUUGGGCCUUGGCCUUGGUUUUCUCAGGACCGUAUCUCAGCUACUAUGCACAGAUGGAGCUGGCCGGCGCCGUGGUGUGUAUUCCUGCCUGGGAGACCAAACCACGCAUCAUAAUGGAUGUGUGCACCUUCAUCUUUGGCUACCUAAUCCCCCUCCUGGUGCUCUGCCUCACCUACGGUCGCACCAUCCGAUACCUGUGGACCAGCGUGGAUCCCGUAAAGGACAGGUCCGAGUCGAGGCGGGCCAAGCAGAAAGUCACAAAGAUGAUCGUCAUUGUCGCCGCUCUCUUCUGCCUCUGCUGGCUUCCCCAUCACCUGGUCAUCCUCUGCAUGUGGUCCGGACGCUUCCCCCUCAACCACGCCACCUACGUCCUCCGUAUCCUCUCCCACCUGGUGGCUUACACCAACUCUUGCCUGAACCCCAUCGUCUACGCGCUCAUCUCCAAGCACUUCCGCAAAGGCUUCAGGAAGGUGUUCAGCUGCUCACUGAGGACCAGGGAGGUCAACAAGGUGCACGUGGCGCAGGUGAGCAGUGUGGAGACGUCCAACUGAAGACAGCGGCCAGAGGAAGGAGAGGGAGAGCCGACGGAACAUUAUGAACUAUGAACAUAACCAGAAUGAAAUAAAGUUCCAGACAGAAAAAACAUCGCUUAUCCGUGAAGAAGACCAUAAUGAGGAAGCUGCAGGGCAGGGACUGUCUCUGAAUUAGUGACCACCAAAUCACCAAAUUGGUCGCAAAAGAAGCAAAUGACACGGAUUGAUUGAUCAAGGAAUUCACUUUUUGGUUCCAGGGAUGUCAGUGUUGGUUGAUCGGUCGUUCAGUCCAGCACUUGGUCCAGACUGAAAUAUCUCAACAACUAGUUGAUGGAUUGAGAUGAAAUUGGGAACAGGCGUUCAUGAUCCCCAGAGGAAAAGGCCUCAUUACUUCAGUGAUCCUCUGAGUUUUCCUCCAGCUUCACCAGCAGGACAAAGUUUUCACUCAUCCAGUGAAAUAUCUGCUCUAGCACUACCAUGAUGUUGACAUUUAGGAUUUUGAGUUAAGUGUUUAAACAACUUCUGGAUUGGUUGCCGUGAAAUUUGGUCCAGACAUGCAUGUUCCUGUCGGGAUAAAUUUGGUAAUCCCCUGGCUUUUUCUCUAGCGCCAUCAUCUGGUCAAAAUUUCGAUGCACCUCUGUGCCAAGCUACAGCCUCACAGAGCUGCUAGCAUGGCUGUUUCUUGUUUAUCAAGAAAACAGACAUGUUUGCUGUUCUGGAUUCGUUUUAGAUUUAUGUUUUUAAUGUGAAGAAAAAGCAAAUCCUCAAACACCUUGAUUUGUUUUUAAUCCACUUGUGCCAGAAACUAAACGGCACGUGUGGUCAGCAUGUGGUUCUAGAAACUACAACAUAGCAAGGCGUACAUGAUUCAACUAAUACUCUGAACCAGGACUCAUGGUUGGCCAGAUUCUUAAGUACUUUUCCUGGAAAUCACACAUGCACUGACUUAAAAGCGGCGUGACCCGGGCAGACAGGGCCCUGCUGACUGAACAUGUGUUUCAUCAUGAAGAUCAUUUCUAAGAAUAUGAUGAAACACAGUAGUAAUUUACUUUCAGUGAAAUGAGCUCAAUAUGCUUUGUAGAAACUUAAUAAAAGGAUAUUACCA